AGCCCAACAAAAAAUCAUUCGUUUGAAAAGACAAUUCUACCCUUUUAGGUUUUCGACUAAUACAAACCCCUCCUCUCACUAUCUUCUUCACCGUCUCUGCUUUUUUCCUUCUUCCAUUCAUUUUGACGCUAAACCCUAAUUCAGUGUUGAAUUGAAGUUGAAAGAGGAAAAUGGCGAAGUCAAUGAGAUCAAAGAGGGAGAAGAGGUUAAGGGCUAUUAGAAGAGAGAUUGUUGAACCUUAUUAUGAGAAGAAAGAUGAGGCUAAACUUGCUGCUCAAGAAGCUGCUCUUGCUGCACCUAAGCUUCAGGUUCCCGUUCCACCAAAGACUGACAUGGAAGUUUCCACUUUUACUAUCAACAACAAUAGCAUGGAUGUGGAUAUGGGUGACGAAGACAAGAGCAAAGCUUCCUUGAAACCUGUUGGCAGGAUAGGGAAGAAAUUGAAGAAGAAAUUGAAGAUGGCUAAAGGAAGACGCCGCCAAGGUAAUGGAAAGCCAAGUAGGAAGCGUCACAUAUGACUCCAAUAGAGAGUUCUAAUGGUGUUGCUAAACUAGUUAAGAGAUCUUGUGCUCUUAAUUCAUGAACACUGUUGAAUUUUUGAUUAAAUCACGUGAAGAUCGUUCAAUUAUCUUCGUUAUGUACUUGUACUUUUAUUAACUUGGGUUUUAGGUAUUGAGGUACAACAUUACCGAGAAGUAGUUAAUGUUUAUGACUCCGUUGGACCAUGGAGAUAUAUAAUAUAGUUUCUGCACUAUCAAUGUUCUUCAGUGUUGAAUUUGAUAAUACUAUACUAGUUUACAGUCCUCAUUGUUCUAGUUUUCUCAGAUUGUUGUUACUUUAUCAAUGUAAUUUUUAAGAAUCUUCUAGUGGUAUGUUUCAUUUUAUUGA